AUGUUAAUUUUUUACGCAAUCGUGCUUUUAAACUUUUUUGUGAAGCUCAUAUCCGGCGCUCCAUACCAAAACUCUACGGUAAAAGUGAUUGCUCACAAGAGAGACUUGAUCGAUUUGUCUCGGUUUGGCGAACGCCUUUUCGGCUAUCCUGAUGUGGAGGCCGGUGAAAAACUCUCAAAGCUCAAUGCAAACUCAACGGAGAAUCCUGAAGAAGUUGGACCAUAUCUGGAAGGCGAUCUACUUGUGCCGCAUGACAAAAAACUACCCUUUCGCAAUGGUCUAUUAGCCUAUAGCGCGCGCUGGCCUGGUGCUAUUGUGCCUUACGAAAUACAUGGAUCGUAUACCAAGAAAGAGCUCGCUGUAAUCGAACAUGCCUUUCAAGAGUAUCACAGCAAAACUUGUAUACGCUUCAAACCACGCAGCUAUGAGCGCGAUUACAUUGACAUCACCAAUGAUAAGAGCGGCUGUUGGGCGAGUGUGGGUCGCUUGGGCGGCCGUCAGGUAGUUAAUUUACAAGCUCCACUAUGCUUCCGCCAAUAUGGUACGUCGUUGCACGAGCUGAUGCAUGCUGUCGGCUUCAUGCAUGAACAAAAUCGGCCCGAACGCGAUAGUUAUAUUCGAAUUUUGAGUGAAAACAUUAAGCCCCACAUGCUUGAGAAUUUCGCGAAGGGUUCGGCGAGAAAGCAGUAUGACUUUGGUGUACCCUACGACUAUGCAAGUGUGAUGCAUUACUCCAAGAAGAGUUUCUCGAAGAAUGGACAGCCGACUAUUGAAGCAUUGAAACAAACUAAGGAGGCGCAACUGAUGGGCCAACGCAUCGGUUUCUCCGUAAGUGAUCUAGCUAAAUUAAAUGCGAUGUACAAUUGUAGAAUAAACUAAAAAACAAAAAUAUUAGACAACUUCUUUUUUA